GCCAGCAGUGUUUGAUGAUUAUUACUCCCUUCAAAGGUCCCAUUCUGUCAAAUUACUGUAUUUUUUUCUUUCUUCAGUUCAUGCAUAAAAAUACUGUUUGUCAUAACGAAUCUGUUUUCUGGUUUUAGUUUGAUGUCACUGCAGUUUCGGGACUAUGCAAUUGUCUUAGAGAGGCGAACACCUUGGAAAAAGACUAGAUCUGAAUUUUGAGUCACGACAAUAAGUACACCUAAUUAUUAAAGUAGCACGUUGAUAACUUAUAUAAAGAAUUAAGUAGGUUCACUUCAUCCACUAACUACCACUAACUACUAAUGAAAGGAAAGCUGAUGAGAAAUCCAAUUAUCUUGUCCAAUCCACAAGCAGUUAAAGUCGCCUCAAAAACCUUUACAAUUGCCUACAGAUGCUACAAGAAGAGAGAAAUGCAGCUUUUUAUUCUUACAGACAUAGCCACGGCCUAGCUUUUAUGUUUAACGUAGAAAACAAACUGGUCUCACAAUAUAGGUUAGUAUAAUUUUGCAAGAAACAGCUUCCAAGAAAACAUUGAGCAUCUGAAGUGGUUAUUGAUUGUGUCAUGGUUCAUUCGCCUGACUAAAUGUUUGGUCUAGUUUCCUCUCCGUGAGCAUGACUGUGAACGGCUUUCUGUAUAUGUGCCGGCUGACUGACUGCCGACCAGUCCAGGAUGUUGUCUACCUUCUGGCAAAAGUCAGCUGUGAUAGGCUCCAGCUGUCCACAACCUUGAACAGGAUACGAGUUAUAGAAAUGGAAUGAAUGGAUCUUCAGUGACUUUAAUUACAUGUCGUCCUUGGCUGCCUAUCUUUCGUUUCUUGCUUUGAAAAUGCUGCCCGCCUUUUCUUUUUUCUUCACGGGCUUUUUACCUGACUCACUUUCUCACAAAAUCUUUCUCUCUUGCUGCCAAUCCCAGGUGCUGGUGAGCGACAGGUGAUGUAAUGGCAGAGCUCGCGGGGAGGACGGAUCAUUGUAGGACAUACACUGCUGUCUAAAAAUCGCUGCACGCCACACGAUAGACUCUUAACAGAAUGGAUUUUCCCAACUGUACCGAAGGAGUGUAUGCUACCAGCAGCGGUGAUUAUGAUGCACUGGAGACUGCCAAACUGCCCCCCAAGAAGAUUGUCCUUUCGGUCACGCUCUCCGUGCUGGCCAUUCUGACCACGUUCCUCAACUGCUUGGUGAUCACGGCCAUCGCCGUCACCCGCAAGUUGCAUCACCCUGCCAACUACCUCAUCUGCUCCCUGGCGGUCACCGACCUGUUGGUGGCUGUGCUGGUCAUGCCCUUCAGUAUCAUAUACAUUCAGAAAGAGAGCUGGGUGAUGGGUAAGGUAGUGUGCACCAUCUGGCUGAGUGUGGACGUCACGUGCUGCACGUGCUCCAUCCUUCAUCUGGCCGCCAUCGCUAUAGAUCGCUACAGGGCCAUCACGGAUGCUGUGGAGUACUCGCGCAAACGCACGGGGGCCCGGGCUGGAGCUAUGGUGGCCGUUGUGUGGUUCUUGUCCAUCCUCAUCUCGCUUCCUCCUCUUCUGUGGCGCUAUUACACCGGGGAUGCAGAUCAGGAAAACCAGUGCAUCAUCCUCCACCAUCACAUCGCCUUCACCCUGUACUCCACACUUGGAGCCUUCUACAUCCCCCUUUUGCUGAUUCUCAUCCUCUACUUUAAAAUCUACCGGGCCGCUCAGACCCUUUAUAUGCGGCGGGAGGCCAGCAGGGCAAGCCGUCACUCGUGUAUGACCAACGGGAGCACGAUUCCUUCCACCUACCCCGCCGGAGACGGAGGGCCUCGGAGCCCGGACCCGGUCAGCCCGCAAGACAAAUCAUUCUCCGACCCCUCGACGGAGGAGCCACCUCGCGAACGGUCACGCAUUUCCGUCAAAAAGUUCCACUGCAAGACCCGUCGAUAUGAGUCACGCAGUGAGUCGAGGAGAAGCCAGCUCUCCCAAGGACCCCGCAUCUCAGGGUCACGGGAACGCAAGGCAGCUUCCACGUUGGGUUUGAUCAUCGGCGCGUUUGUCAUUUGCUGGUUGCCCUUUUUUGUCAAGGAGGUGAUUGUUAACACAUGCAGUUCUUGCAGCACAUCAAUGGAGAUGGCUGACUUCCUGACGUGGCUGGGAUACAUCAAUUCACUCAUCAACCCCCUCAUCUACACCAUCUUUAAUGAGGACUUCAAAAAGGCUUUCCAGAGACUGGUUAGGUGCAGUAGUUACCUCUGAUGGUUAAUUCAGUAUAACUUGUGACCAGAGUGGUUCAAACGAGGGAGUGAAGUUGAGGAAAAUGCUGGAAUUUGAAUUGCCUUAGAGAGAGACGAAGUGGAAAAUGAGUGACUCUAAUUCUCAGCCACACUCAACGGGGCACUUCGGCAGACUCAAAGCAUCAGAGGAGAAAUUUGCAUUAAAUAAGUGUCCAGCACUCAUUCCCUGUUAUAAAUAGAAUAGCCUCUCAUGGUGUUAAUUGGAGUGAGUGGUAGGACAUCGACAUUUUUUAUUUCUUUUGUUUUUGUUUUCAAUAAAAAGGAUCAUUUCCGACCUUUUCCAUGCCAACUUUUUGAGCACUGGCAAUCCAUCUUAAAGGUCUUGAAAAUUCUAUCUCUUCCAUUAAAUGGCUUCUUUUUAUUCUUUCCCAAGCUGCUAGAAUGAUUUGAGUGUAUUCUAUUAAAGAAUACAGCAUUGAUUGGAUACAGAAAAAUAUGUAUGAAAUAUAGUUUAUUGUUCACACAUAAAAUAUACUAUUAAUGGAAGCCAAAAACUUGCGCUUGCAUUGCGAUUUAAAGUGUUUCUGACUAUUUUUUACACAAACUGAACUGAAAUAUUUAUUUAUUUAUCAUUUCAUAUACUUUUGAACUAUUAUGCACCCUUACUUCCAUACAUUCCCUCCCACCACUUAUCCAGCAUUAACUUAAUGAAUGUGAAACUCACUGGUGGAGAAAUCCUCAUUACGCCCACUCAAGCACUUGGAAUAGAGCUACUAUUUCUUUACUGCCUCCAUGAGGGCAGAUAAUAUAUUGAUGGAAAUAUUGGAGAUGAGUCAAGUGUAAGGGCGUGCAGUAUGUGGGAGAUCGUAUAGGUAAAGAAAAGGUCUCUCUAUAUAUAUAUACUGUCUUUAUGAGUGGUUGGUCAUUGUGUAAAGUUGAUUUGUCAUCUCAUCGAUCACCAAUAAACAAACCCCAGAUUAAUGUCUGAAGUUUUUCUUUUUUUUUUUUCCUGUGUACAGAUUUCGAGACUAAGCAUGGCAUUUUAUUAGACUACCUAAAUGCAUUUGGAUGACAGAGAACGUCUGAUUAAUUUUGAAGCGAAUGCAAAAUUUCAUAUGAGUGAUUAUCUUUCAUUCUGAGCAAACACUGAUUAUACUAAUUAUAUGAGAUGCACCUAUGUGAAUUUUGUAACACAGAACAGUUGCACGUUCCAAGUAAGUUAAAUAACGCAACAAUAACAUGAUUGUACAUAGCCAGUUCGAUUUUUAAUGCCCAAGGUGGCAACUAAAUUGUAAUUAUUAACAUUAUUACUUAUUAAUAAUUAAUGUAGAAGCAAUUUUAACUACAGUACUAUAGAACUCUUAAACUAGGUCUGAUCAGUCCCAUUUGUGAUAUUAUUCCUCACCCUUGUGGCUGAAAAACUGCAGUGCAAUUGAGAGAUGGUUAUAUUUUCAUUUUUAAA